CACCACAAGUGAACGAAUCGCCUGUUGUUGUUACAGAGAUGGCGGCAGAGGACUUAACCCCUGGGACAUCCAGAGAGAUGGGGCCUACUUCCACCAAAGACAGCAACUCCAGCCUGAUGCUAACCCCCUCCCACACAGGAACCCCCCCCUCCGCUCCCCUCCCAGCAGUCCACACGUCCCAGAUCUCACCUUUGACCCCCAGUGAUGACGACACAGCAGACCCCCUUCAGCUCACGACCGUGACCACCAUGACGGUGGCUUCCACCACAACCCCACCCACCACGCUACCGACCACAACAACCACCCAGCCAACCUCCACCACCACCCAGCCAACCUCCACCACCCGGAAAACCACAACAACCACCACCCUGGCUCCAGUCACAAGGGGCACGGUCACUCCUCCGAGCCCCAGGACGAGCCCUCCUCGAGGGGCCACUGUCGGCCUGCUCUCCCCCUUCACCACCACCACCACGGAGCCUCCACCACGGCAGUGCAACAUCACAGAGAGGAUGUGGCUGAAAACUGUUGUGUCUAUCCACGUCAGGAGGAACCGUCUGGACAGCAUCCAGCGGCAGAACCUGCGUCGCGGGCUGAGCCAGGCGCUGCGAAGGGCCCUGAACGACACCACGGCCCAGGCCCAGCUGGAGACUGUCUUUGGCUCCCCCAACAUGACGGUGGUGUAUCACGUGAUCGGGGCGGGCCUCGUCUACCACCCCUCCGUCGUCAUGGAGGCGCUGGGGUCCUACGGCCGUGAUAGGCUGAUUGCUGACCUGCGCCAGUUCCUCCCCAUGGUAACGGCACUGCCCAGCCCGGUGUCGCUAUGGAGACCUGGUCCAGCCAUGGGUCUUCUGCUCCAGACAGUUCUGCGGUUCGUGGGCGCGGAGGAUGACCCGCAUUCGUGCCCGUUCUCCCAGAUGAUGGAACAGAGGCUGGAGAACGUGUUCUCCAAGGCCCAGGCCAAGGUUCUGGACGCCCACAAACAGACUCCCUGUCCAGGUAUCCCCUCCUCUCCCUCCCAGCCCCUCAGGUAUCCCUCCUCUCCCUCCCAGCCCCUCAUUAUCCUCUCCUCUCCCUCCCAGACCCUCAGUGGUUCACAACUAUCCUCUAUUCUAUUGCGAAAAACCCCCCAGCUGACUUUGUUUUUUCUUCUACAGGUUUUUUCUUCUACAGCUUUGGAGUACCACAACCUGAACACCUCCAUGUCCACUAGAGACUUCUGGGUAAUCACAGUCAUCCAGGAUGUGUCCAACUCCUCCCUGGGGCUCCAGUACCAGAGCUUUGCCAGUCUGAUGGAGCAGAGGCUGGCUGAGCUGUUUGUGUUGGCCGGGCAGCAGGGCACACGCCUGCGGAGGGCCACCACCAUGGAGCGCUACACCGUCCAGAUGGUGGGGAUCCGGUGGGUGUCCGGGACCAGGAACCCCGUGGAGAUGACCUACUACGUCCAGGAGAACGGCGUCCCGCUAGCCGGCACCACCGCCGCCAAGGUGCUGAACACUGUGGACUCCCAGACCAUGGCUCUCACCCUGGGAUACUUCAUCCUGCUGCAGGCAGACCCUGUGGUCAAGAACCCGCCUAACAACCUGUGGAUCAUCGCCGCGGUGAUGGCGCCCAUCGGCGUGGUAACGGUCAUCAUCCUCAUCAUCACCGCUGUGCUGUGCAGGAAGAACAAGAGUGACUUCAAGGCUGACGCCGUUGGCAACCUUAACCCCCGAGCUAAGACGGUGUAUCGCAGGGAUGUGGGCUACUAUCACCAGCCAGUCCAGGGGUUCGACUACGCCAAGCAGCACCUGGGCCAGCAGGGCGGUGACGACGAGGCCUCCCCUGUCCGUGGGGAGACCCUGGCUCUCGCCCUGCCCCUCCGCGACACCCCCCUCACCCUGGCCAAGACCCUCAACCAGGAGGGCUCCACCUGCAGGAAGACGCUCACCUCCGGCCUCCGCAAAAGCAGGUUGCCGAGCGAGGACGGUUCCGUCAUCAGUAACGAAUCAGAGAGGCUGAACUCUGGAAGAGGCUCCACGCUGCAGAAAGUCACAAAGGAGGAGAGGAACAAGAGGAACGAUCCGUACGACACCUCCUCCGGGUCUCUGCAGCUCAUCUCCAUAAAGCCCCUGGGGGCGGGGCCUCCUCUGGGGGCGGGGCCUCCUCUGGGGGCGGGGCCUCCUCUGGGGGCGGGGCCUCCCCUGGGGGCGGGGCCUCCCCUGGGGGCGGGGCCUCCUUACUCUCACCCCACCUCCUCCGAACGCAGUCAAGACUCUGCCAUCGUCAACGGAGAGGUGAACCUGGCCCUGAAACAGAAGUCAGACAUCGAGCACUACAGGAACAAGCUGAGGCUGAAGGCCAAGAGGAAAGGCUACUACGACUUCCCCUCAGGGGACGACAGCGCCCGCGGCCUGGGACUGAGGCACGGGGGCCCGGGGGCCGAGCCAGGGGGCCCCCCGGACACCCAGGAUGACCGGGGGUCCACCUACGUCAAGUCCCGACAGAGGCACUCGCAGGUGAGACAGCCAGCCUAUCGCAGCAGGCAGAGCCUGAACAGCCCCAGUCCUGGAGGGACGGAGAUGGACCUGCUGGUCAUGAGGGAACGACCCCGGAGAGGCAUCCGCAAUAACGGCUACGACACCGAACCAGAGCUGAUCGAGGAGACCAACGUGGACCGUCUGACGGGGCCGCGGGGUUACGUGUACGGCCGCGGGGUCAAAGGUCACUCUGAGACGUCCACCCUCAGCUCUCAGCCCUCCAUCGACGAGGUGAGGCAGCAGAUGCACCUGCUGCUGGAGGAAGCCUUCAGCCUGGCGUCUGGGGGGGCGGGACACCCCCCCUCCGGACGCCACCACCAUCCCCACCACCACGGCCACUACAGCCCCGGCCCGCCCCCCCUGCCCUACUCGGACGCCGUCACCAGCGCCCCCGGGACCGUGAGCAGGGGGCGGGGCCUGCAGUGGGUCCCCGCCUACGGAGGAGACGUGUACCAGUGCAGCCUCCCCAAACCAGCCUUCCGCUUCACCCAGCUUCCUGACAUGGCCCUGGGCUCCCCCCCGCCCCCCAUACCCCCCCGCUCCGGAGCUCAGCCUGGAGCUGUGCUCAGACGCUCCUCGUCUGACCUGGGCCCCAAGGCCCGGGUGUCAGAAUGUUCCGUCACUGACAUGGCCCAGUCCAACCCCUACCCCCCCCUCUCCAGAGGCACCCUGCCCUGCAGCACCGCAGACCAGCCCAUACCCAACUACUCAGGAAACCCCAUGACAGCCGUGUACGCUAUCCCAGCCUCCAGGCCUGGUUACCCGGACUACCUGGUGUCCUCGCCCUCCUCGCCCCCCUCCUCCUACCACAGCCCCUCCUGGAUGUCAUACCCCCCUGAGCCCGACGAGGUGCCCCCCCCACAGUGGGCUGACUCCGUGCCCCUCCCGGGGUAUGUGGAGGCCUUCCCCCACCCCCGCUACCCCCAGGGCACAACCCCCAGGCUGCCCCUGCAGUACAGCCAGUCCUCAGAGGCGCCCCCUAGCCCAGAGCCUGCCACUCCUCAGGAGAGGCUGCCCGACCUGGGGGAGCCCAUGGACGGAUUCUCCCUCGGCAGCCUGUCCACCUCCGCCCUGGUCCUGGCCAUCCGGCAGGAGGUGGCCAAGUUGGCCAAGAAGCAGAGCGACAUGUUUGAGUUCCAGGUGUGAUUCUUGCCUCCUGCGCCCCCUUGGUGUUUGGAAGGCGGUACUGCAUGGUGGUCCUCUCCAACAAGCUCUGACACCAGAGCCUGGGAAUCUGAACUCUGCUCCCUGGGCACUUGUAUAGUAAGACUGAUCGAAGGUUAUUUUAAUUCUUCUCUGUCUUCUUUCCCAUCUUUUUUUUUAUUUCCUCUGUCAUCCUGGGGAAAGACCACUCUUUCGGAAUAUGCACCCUGAUGCAUAUUCUGGGAUUCUAGAAUUACUGAAGAGUAAUGUGUUCCGUCUCAACCUGUCAAUCAUUUCAGAUCAGUUCUCUGUAGUUUUGUUACUUUGUACUGUAGAUAAGUCAUUAAGACAUCUUAAGAACUGCUAACGUGAAAGAUGGCGGUUUCUGUCAAGCUGUUGAGUACAAUUGAUGAUAUGUUUUCUGAAAGACUGAAAGGAGAGAAAAUGGAUCGCGGUGUAAUAAUAGUUUUCCUUCAGCAGAGACUUUUAUCAAAGUGAGAAACAGAGAGGAGAUUAGAUGCUGUCACCUCUUGAUCUGAAGUCACAUGCUCCACCGCUGAGCUAUGCCAAUCUCCAGUGUACAUACAAGCAUGUCCAGAAUAUGGAUACCAUGUCACUUGUCCUUCAGACCCAGCCCAGUGAGAAGAAAGUAUCUGUGUUUGUGACAGGGAAGCUGCUACAUCUAUUUAGUUUCAAACAGAGGCUUGAAAAGCAUUGUUAGGCCAUAGGUUUGGAGAGGUUUGGUCUUCAACACUUAUCUUUGUGAUGACUGUUCCAACGGUACACGUUCUACAACGAUACGAAUGAUUAGCGUUUGAUGUCGUCGUUAACGGCUAAAUCUUAACUUUUAACGUUGAGUAGUGAAAUACUGCAUAAGUGCACUUCAUUCAGUCGAAAUACAAAAAGUGAGUUAGCAAAGAAACCCGUUGGUGAAUACAGAAAGGAAAGGUCUGUCCGUAGCUUAGUUUGUUUCGAACGGAAUGUAGACACGCGAUGUCCUUGCAAUGCACGCGAUGUCCUUGCAAUGGCUUCCUGGGACAAGUCCAGCAGGACUGAUCGCCAUGACAGCCAGGAGCGCAUGAGCAGCAACUAGAAGGCCACUCUGAGAGAAGUCGUCCGUCUCGCCCUUCUCUUCAGCCCUGUUAUUAAUGCAAAUGACCGUUUUGAUUUUUUACGAAUACCUUUUUUUUUAAUCAUAUAAAAACUGUACAUAUAAAAAGUUGUGUUUGUUGUGUUUGUUCGAGAUGCACCGGGGACAGGCAAAAAACACCACCUGGUGUGUGUGCGUGCGCGAGCGUGUAAAUAUGUGAGUAAUGUCUUAAUUCCCGACUGUGUGUCUUUUCUGUCCAGCGUUUCUUGUGCUGCUGGAUCAGAUAAGGCCCAGGGUUGAGGUUAUAUCUUACCAUGUGCUGUACCACAAAACUUUUCUGUCUAGAACCUGUAUAGAUGCUGACGAGCUUUGUAAAUUAAACAUCUUUCACAUUAUAACGGUGGUUUAUUGAUCUGAAGACUAGAAUGGAGAACGAGAUGGCGUGAUUUGAAAGUGAAAUGCUAAAGAUGCUGACCGAUGAAUUGUUAGCGGGUUGUGGACCAACAAUUUUAUUCUGUGAAAAUAAACAAUU